AUGUCUACGUGGUGGGCCCGGGCGUGCAGUAUCAGCAGCAAUGUAGGUGAAUUGGAAUCGCGUCGGCCACGGACACUGAACUUUGAUCCUUUGCCCGCAGUAUUCGCAUUGUGCGCACAGGGAAACCACGACGUGACGACAAGGUAUGGGAUGGUGGGGAUCCUCACCGCAAUCUUCUGCUUCCCAAUAGGUCUCCUCGCGCUUCUCGUGGAUAAGGAGCGGCGUUGCGUGCGCUGCGGCGCUCAUGUCGGUUGA